AUGGCGGCCCGGCUCCGGUUCGGCGCUGGGGCCGCAGGCGCGCUCCGGAGGCGCCUCUGGUCCUCGCGAGCCCGGGACCCCUCGGGGCCGCCGCCGCCGUCCGAGGUGGUGGACGUGGCGGCGUUGCUGAAGGACGCCACGGUGGACGCGGGCUCCAAGCCGGGGCCUCGGUCUCGACCGAGCCCCGAGACCACCUCGGUGCUGCUCUUCCCGGGCCAGGGCAGCCAGGCCGUCGGCAUGGGGCGCGCGCUUCUACGCUACCCGGGCGCGCGCGCGCUCUACGCAGCCGCCGGGCGCGUGCUGGGUUACGACCUGCUGGAACUGAGCUUGCGCGGCCCGCGCGAGGAGCUGGAGCGCACGGUACGCUGUCAGCCCGCGCUCUACGUGGUCUCGCUCGCCGCCCUGGAGGCGCUUCGGCACCAGCGGCCCGAGGUUAUUGAGAAUUGUGUUGCUGCGGCUGGAUUCAGCGUGGGAGAGUUUGCAGCCCUUGUGUUUGCCGGUGCCUUAGAAUUUGAAGAAGGUCUGCUCGCGGUCAGAGCCCGUGCCGAGGCCAUGCAGGAGGCAUCUGCGGCCGUACCCAGCGGCAUGCUCUCGGUCCUCGGGAGGCCUCAGAGCCAGUACAAGGCAGCGUGCCUGGAUGCACGAGAGCACUGCCAGGCCCUGGGUGUCGAGCAGCCUGUCUGUGAGGUGGCCAACUAUCUGUUUCCUGACUGCCGAGUGAUUUCUGGGCACCUGCAGGCCCUGCACUUCCUACAGAAGAAUUCCUCCAGGUACCACUUCAGGAGGACCAGAAUGCUACCGGUCAGCGGAGGGUUCCACACGCGCCUCAUGGAGCCCGCUUUGCAGCCGCUGGCUCACGCCUUAAAGAAAAUGGACAUAAAGAAACCUUUGAUCUCUGUCUAUUCCAACGUGGAUGGCACUAAGUACAUGCAUGCCAGACACAUCCAGCAGUUGCUGGUGAAGCAGGUCGUGUCCCCCGUGAAGUGGGAGCAGACCAUGCACGCCAUCUACGAGCGGAGGAAGGGGACGGAGUUCCCGCAGACAUUUGAAGUGGGCCCUGGGAAGCAGCUGGGGGCCAUCCUAAAGAGCUGUAACCUCAAGGCUUGGAAGGCUUACAGCCAUGUGGAAGUGAUGGAGGAGGAGGAGGGGGAGGAGGGGGACCUGGACGUCUAGCUGAGGCUGCUGUAGCCCUGCUGGGAUUGGUUGGAAGAACGGGUCCUGGGCCAGGCUGCCGGGGCCCCAAGCCAUCUGUCAGAGGGGGCCUCCUGCCCUCCCUGGCUCGGCUUUGGGCUGGCCGGCCCCAACGAGAGGGAAAAAUAGAAAGUGCGUUCUGAGCACCAUCUGAUCCUG